AUGUCCUCCUUCUGCAGGCGGCUCCCGACUCCCCCCAUCCCCCCACUGGGUACAGCUACGCCCCCCUCUGCACCCCCUGUCGUACCCCCUCCCCCAGUGUACCACCCAAAAGCCCCAGAAGUUGGAUACAAUUAUAAUGAACCGAAAAUUACUUAUAAACUACCAGAACCUACUUAUAAGGCCCCUGAACCCACUUAUAAGGCCCCAGAACCCACUUAUAAGGCCCCAGAACCCACUUAUAAGGCCCCUGAACCUACUUAUAAGGCCCCAGAACCCACUUAUAAGGCCCCAGAACCCACUUAUAAGGCCCCAGAACCCACUUAUAAGGCCCCAGAACCCACUUAUAAGGCCCCAGAACCCACUUAUAAGGCCCCAGAACCCACUUAUAAGGCCCCAGAACCCACUUAUAAGGCCCCAGAACCCACUUAUAAGGCCCCAGAACCCACUUAUAAGGCCCCUGAACCUACUUAUAAGGCCCCAGAACCCACUUAUAAGGCCCCUGAACCUACUUACAAGGCCCCUGAACCUACUUACAAGGCCCCUGAACCUGGCUAUGACUAUAAGGAGCCUUCAUCUUCUUACGGGGCGCCUCACAACACCUAUGAAAAGGGCAUGCCGUUCAACUUCGCCUACGCGGUGCAGGACGGGCACAGCGGCGCGGACUUCACACACAAGGCGACCUCCGAUGGCGCCACCGUCAACGGCGAGUACCGCGUGGUGCUUCCUGACGGCCGCACGCAGAUAGUGACCUACACUGCCGAUGACUACAAGGGUUACCUGGCCCAGGUCACUUACGAGGGGGAGGCGCAGUACCCUAAAGUAACCCCGUACAGCCCCGCACCUGUGUACGGCACACCAGCGCCUCUCUACGGUACGCCAAAGAAACAGUACGGGACCCCAGCAGCAUCUUACGGUACGCCGGAACCAGAUUACAAGCCAAAACCAACUUACAAGACCCCGAAACCCACUUAUAAAGCCCCUGAACCUACUUAUAAGACCCCAGAACCUACUUACAAAGCACCUGAACCCACUUACAAGGCCCCUGAAUCCACUUACAAGACCCCUGAACCUACUUACAAGGCACCUGAACCUACUUAUAAGGCACCAGAAGCAGGUUACGACUACAAGGAGCCUGAGAACCCUUAUAACCCACCAGCACCCACUUACAAGGCCCCUGAACCUACUUACAAGGCCCCUGAACCGGGUUAUGACUACAAGGAACCUGAGAACCCUUAUAACCCACCAGCACCCACUUACAAGGCCCCUGAACCUACUUACAAGGCCCCUGAACCGGGUUAUGACUACAAGGAACCUGAGAACCCUUAUAACCCACCAGCACCCACUUACAAGGCCCCUGAACCUACUUACAAGGCCCCUGAACCCACUUAUAAGGCCCCUGAACCCACUUACAAGGCCCCUGAACCCGGUUAUGACUACAAGGAACCCCAGACCCCCUUCAGACUGCCAGGACACACGUAUGGAACACCCAUCCCUACUUAUGAACCACUAUCCUCUUUUUAUGAAACCUCCUAGUGAUGGUUCUUCUUCUUGAGCGCCUUCUGUCUCUCUCUCUCUCUCUCUCUCUCUCUCUCUCUCUCUCUCUCUCUCUCUCUCUCUCUCUCUCUCUCUCUCUCUCUCUCUCUCUUCUUGGUUUGAUGUUGCAUUCUUUGUUUUUCUCUCUCAUAUUCUCUCUAAUUCCCUCUUUUCUUCUUUCUUCUCUUCCUUUUUCCAUCUUUCUUUCCCUCCUUCCUUCCUUUCUUCCUUUCUCCUUUCCUUCCUUCUUUCUUUCCUCUUGUUUUUGUUCUCUAAUUCUCUCUUUCCUUCCUUACUACUUUUGUUUUUCCUCCUUUCCCUUCCUUCCUUCCUUCUUUUCUUUCUUUCUUCCUUCUUUCUUUCAUUCCUUCCUUCUUUUCCCUCUUCUUCUUUUCUUGUUCUUGUUCUCUUGUUCCUUCCUUCCUUCCUUCCUUCCUUCCUUCAUUUCUUCCUGUCCUUGUUCUCUCUCUCUCUCUCUCUCUCUCUCUCUCUCUCUCUCUCUCUCUCUCUCUCUCUCUCUCUCUCUCUCUC